AUGGCCUGUAUCACAGAGUCCCGCGCCCCGUCCCCUUCUCUCUCCGGGUUCAACACCCCCCUCUCAGAACACACCCCUACCUUCAGGGGCCGGCUGGACGAUACCCCCGCCUGCACCCCUGAGAUGGAUCUGACCCCCACCCAGUGUGUCCUACGGAACGUACUAUCUAUAGACACCGGGGGUGCCCCGGAGCCCGACGGCGGGGGAGGUGGAGGUCAUAACGGUGAACAUACCUGUGGGGGCCACAGCCCCACGCCUAGCGAGGAGCAGCAGGAGCACUUUGCCAACAGUGUGCUGAAGCUCCAUGAGAACGGGGAGGGAGGGGGUAGGAUGGAGGGAGAGGGUCAGGAUGCGGAGGGAGGAGCGGUGCGGAGCCAGGCUGAGGAUGUGAGGCUGCUGUCGGGAGGAAGUGGAGGGUUUCUGGAGGGACUGUUUGGGUGUCUGAAGCCGGUAUGGACCAUGAUCGGCAAGGCCUACUCCACCGAACACAAACACAACCUGGAAGAGCUCUGGGAGGUGCCGUUUGAGGACAUCUCUGAGCUGCAAUGGGUAGGGAGCGGGGCCCAGGGGGCCGUCUUCCUGGGUAAACUCCACGGACAGGAAGUAGCUGUGAAGAAGGUUCGAGACAUCAAGGAGACAGACAUCAGACAUCUGAGAAAACUCAAACACCCCAACAUCAUCACCUUCAAGGGUAUCUGCACCCAGGCCCCGUGUUAUUGUAUCCUAAUGGAGUACUGUGCCCAGGGCCAGCUGUACGAGGUGCUGAGGGCGGGUAGGAAGAUCACCCCCUCCCUGCUCAUCGACUGGGCCAUGGGCAUGGCUGGAGGCAUGAACUACCUCCACCUACACAAGAUCAUCCACAGAGACCUCAAGUCGCCCAAUAUGUUGAUCACCUAUGAUGACGCGGUGAAAAUCUCUGACUUCGGGACGUCUAAGGAGAUGAGUGAUAAGAGCACCAAGAUGUCGUUUGCCGGUACGGUGGCCUGGAUGGCCCCAGAGGUGAUCAGGAACGAACCUGUAUCAGAGAAGGUCGACAUCUGGUCGUUUGGUGUGGUGCUAUGGGAGAUGUUGACCGGAGAGGUACCGUAUAAAGACGUGGACUCUUCAGCCAUCAUCUGGGGGGUGGGAAACAAUAGCCUGAACCUACCUGUCCCAGAGAGCUGCCCAGACGGCUUCAAAAUACUGCUGAGACAGUGCUGGAGCAGUAAGCCCAGGAACAGACCUUCAUUCAGACAGAUCCUACUGCACCUGGACAUCGCCUCCGCUGACCUGCUGUCUACCCCACAGGAGACAUACUUCAAAUCUCAGGCAGAGUGGCGUGAGGAGGUGAAGCAACACUUUGAGAAGAUCAAGUCAGAGGGGACGUGUAUACACAGACUGGACGAGGAGAUGAUUAUACGACGCAAAGAGGAGCUCAGACAUGCCCUGGAUAUACGCGAGCACUAUGAGAGGAAGCUGGAGAGAGCCAACAACCUCUACAUGGAGCUCAACGCUGUUAUGCUACAGCUGGAACUCAAGGAGAAGGAGCUACUCAAGAGGGAGCAGUCACUGGAUAAGAAGUACCCAGGAUGCAUCAAACACCACGGCUCCAGACAAGAACGCUCAUCCAACUCCAUGGAGAAGCUCAUCAAGAAACGCAACGUACCUCAGAAACUUCCCGCGCACAGCAAGAGACCAGACCUGUUGAAGUCAGAGGUGAUCCUUCCCAAGCUGGACUCCUCCAUGACCCAGGUGACCAUCCCCUCCUGCCCCCAGAAGGGAUCCACGUCCCCGGGGAGGUCACGUCGGGCCAAGCCCCGCUACAGGAAGACAGGGAAGGGCAGCAGCGGAGACCUAGCUGGGCUGAAGGCUGCGUUAUCGUCCACACUGGGUCUGGCUAAUACUACGUCUCUGACCACCUCCAACACCACCUCCACACCCAGCAGCAAGCAGCAUCUGGACCCCAGCGCAGCUCUGAGAGGUCUCCAGCAUGAUCUGCUGCUGAAGAAGAUGUCUUCAUCCAGCCCAGACCUCAUCUCUACCACCAUGGAGGCUGAGGGCCGCCGUAGGGGACUGGAGAGACCUGGUCUGGAGAGAGGGGGUAGCCAGAGCGCCUCCGCAGGCCUGGGAGGAGGUGGAGGAGGAGGUGGUGGAGGAGGGACGGAGGAUGGAGGGGUGGGGACAGACGACCAGACAGAGACCCCACCGCGUAGCAACACCCCCAGCGAGGACGCGGCCUCCAUACCGUUCUCCAGCAGCCCAGACUCCCCCUGUGGGAGGGGGGCAGCAGCAGGGAGGGGGUCGGUGCUGGGAGGCCCAGGAAGGUUACUUCAGGACGGGGAGGACAAGGAGGAGGGCACAGGGAUCAUCAGGUCACCCAGGAGCCAACACCUCACACCCGCAGCACUGCUCUACCGGAAACAAGUCACACGCAAACAGAGACGUGGUGUGUCCUCAGAGGAAGAGGAGGGAGAGGUGGACAGUGAGGUGGAGUUACCACGGAGACGUCGACCGGUAAGCAUCACCAAGUGCCAGUCCCUGUCCACCUUCAGCUCUGAGAACCUGUCUGCCGUGUCCGUGUCGGACGGAGAGGAGGGCAACACCAGUGACCACUCCCACAGCGGCACGCCGGACGUGGUCAGUACCAACACAGACGAGCGGCUGGACGACAAGAGCGACGACCUUCUGUCCCAGGGGUCGGAGAUCCCUGCCGACCCCGCCCUCGACCCGGCCGACGGUUUAUCAGAGAAGGAGGCCGCCAUACGCCAGGUCAAGACCCAGCUCAACACGGGGCAGAACUACGAGGGCCUGUAUGAUGACUCUGACUGUGACAGUGCAGAGCUGGACCACUCAGGCUGCACAGAGCCCCAGCACCAUAGGCCCCCCAGCACCAACUGUCCUACUCCCCCAGUCCUACUCCCCCAGCCCUACUCCCCCAGUCCUACUCCCUCAGUCCUACUCCCCCAGUCCUACUCCCCCAGUCCUACUCCCCCAGCCCUACUCCCCCAGUCCUACUCCCUCAGUCCUACUCCCCCAGCCCUACUCCCCCAGUCCUACUCCCUCAGUCCUACUCCCCCAGUCCUACUCCCCCAGUCCUACUCCCCAGUCCUACUCCCCCAGCCCAACUCCCCAGUCCCACUCCCCAGUCCUACUCCCCCAGUCCUACUCCCCCAGCCCUACUCCCCCAGCCCCACUCCCCAGUCCUACUCCCCCAGCCCCACUCCCCAGUCCUACUCCCCCAGUCCCACUCCCCAGUCCUACUCCCCCAGUCCCACUCCCCAGUCCUACUCCCCCAGUCCUACUCCCUCAGUCCUACUCCCCCAGUCCUACUCCCCCAGCCCUACUCCCCCAGUCCUACUCCCUCAGUCCUACUCCCCCAGCCCUACUCCCCCAGUCCUACUCCCUCAGUCCUACUCCCCCAGCCCCACUCCCCAGCCCUACUCUCCAGUCCUACUCCCCCAGUCCCACUCCCCAGCCCUACUCACCAGUCCUACUCCCCAGUCCUACUCCCCAGCCCUACUCCCCAAUCCUACCCACCAGCCCUACUCACCAGCCUACUCCCCAGUCCCACUCACCAGCCCUACUCCCCAGCCCUACUCCCCAGCCCUACUCCCCAGUCCCACUCACCAGCCCUACUCACCAGCCCUACUCCCCAGUCCUACUCCCCAGUCCCACUCCCCAGUCCUAUUCCCCAGCCCUACUCCCCAGCCCUACUCCCCAGCCCUACUCACCAGCCCUACUCCCCAGUCCCACUCCCCAGCCCUACUCCCCAGUCCCACUCACCAGCCCUACUCACCAGCCCUACUCCCCAGCCCUACUCACCAGCCCUACUCCCCAGCCCUACUCCCCAGCCCUACUCCCCAGUCCCACUCACCAGCCCUACUCCCCAGCCCUACUCCCCAGCCCUACUCACCAGCCCUACUCCCCAGCCCUACUCACCAGCCCUACUCCCCAGCCCUACUCCCCAGCCCUACUCCCCAGCCCUACUCCCCAGCCCUACUCCCCAGCCCUACUCACCAGCCCUACUCCCCAGUCCUACUCCCCAGUCCUACUCACCAGCCCUACUCCCCCAGUCCUACUCCCCAGCCCUACUCCCCAAUCCUACUCACCAGCCCUACUCCCCAGUCCUACUCACCAGCCCUACUCCCCAGCCCUACUCACCAGCCCUACUCACCAGCCCUACUCACCAGCCCUACUCACCAGCCCUACUCCCCAGUCCCACUCACCAGCUCUACUCCCCAGUCCCACUCACCAGCCCUACCCACCAGCCCUACUUCCCAGCCCUACUCACCAGCCCUACCCCCCAGCCCUACUCACCAGCCCUACUCCCCAGUCCCACUCACCAGCCCUACCCACCAGCCCUACUCCCCAGCCCUACUCCCCAGUCCCACUCACCAGCCCUACUCCCCAGUCCCACUCACCAGCCCUACCCACCAGCCCUACUUCCCAGCCCUACUCACCAGCCCUACUCACCAGCCCUACUCCCCAGUCCCACUCACCAGCCCUACUCACCAGCCCUACCCACCAGCCCUACUCCCCAGCCCUACUCCCCAGUCCCACUCACCAGCCCUACUCGACUAG